CCACAGCAAAUAAAAUUAAACAAAAAAAAUCCCGAAAUGAAAUAAUCCUUUUAAGCGGCAAGUAAGUUGAGCCGCCGGCGGCGCAGGAAAAGCUCUCUGUCCACGGCGGAGACUGGCCGAAGAAUCGAAAUUCUUGCACUAGGAUUGAUAUUACUGGUUAACUAGGCAGAAGCAGAAAUGUAUACAGCAAGAUUCCUAAUGCAGCCGAUUCUUAGGGGUUCUCUCGCCUCCGUUAAAUCUCCUUACUCGUACCUCUACCAUCCCAACUUCCCGGCGGUAAUGCGUGGGGAUCAUGGAAAUUUACAGAAAUGGUUGAAUGCUAUCAAAGCCAAGGUGCAUAGGACUGUGCCCAGUCCUUACUGGAAUUUGAUUUUUCGGAAAUAUAAGCAUAAUUUCGGGGAUUACUGCAAUACAGGGGGUAAAUUUACUGUGCGUACUAUCUUUGGAUUGUCACUGGUAGUUGGAUCAAUCAGCAUUUGGCCACGCAUUGCGUAUUGUACAGAUGGUUUUGAGUUUUCGGUGGAUGAUCAUGAGUUUGACAAGUUAGAUUCUUCAGAUUCUGACGAAGAUCGUCGCGCUUUAUUGACCAUUCUAAGAAGACUGAUGGUGCCUGUUUUCUUCUUAUUAACUGUUUUGAUGAACUGGGGCCAUCCUGGUGUAAUUGCUGCAAAAGUCACUCUUAUUCUGUAUACUACAAAGCCUAGCCCUUUCUCUGUUUAUCUUUUUGUCGAACAGUUACGACAUCAAGCUAUACGCCAACACCCCUUCAUCUACAAAAUUAUGCCAUGUUAUGCGAAGAAGGUCGAAGUUGAAGACUACAUGUUUCUGUGUUUGGCUAGGGUUGAAUUGAAUGAUCAGAAUCUCACUCUUCUUGGAAUUCUUGGUAGUUGGUGGGUUUUGCCCCCAUCAUCAUGGCAGGAAGCUUUUUCAAUGUUGAGGAACAGUUUUCUGAUCAGCUGAUCCACAAGGCGAUCUUGUGUUUUGUUCCUGCAAAAGAUCGUUAAGACAUUCAACUGCAGAUUAUCUAUAGGUUCUUCCUUAGGUAUUCCUAAUACUAUCAGAUAUCAGGGUAAAUCUGCUGAAUAACGGCGAAUAAGUUUCUGGAGAUCCGCCAGCAUUAGUAUUAACACUUGCUACGUGAAGAAACUGCAGAUCAGUUGAAGAGAGUGCAUCUUUCAUAUGCCUUUUUGUAUAUUCUCCAUAAACCUAAUGAAAUAUAUAGUCAAUUGUACAUCCCUUAAAGACAUGGAUAAUGUGCAGUUUCUUUUUGCAAUU